AUGUAUGAUGACAAAGAACUGGUCGCUACUUGUGCUGGUGCCCAAGUUAUUAAACCUCAUCCCGGCUACUAUCUCACCGUUUCGUCUGAAAAAGUGUCAGAACAAGAAAUGAACGCCUUAUUCUCAGAAGCCAUUUCCGCGGAGAUCUGCGUAAUUGUAGAAGACUCCAAUUACAGAAGCUUACGGUUCCCACGUCUACGUAACAUACAGCCAUGCUUACCAGGAAGACCGGCCAUGAGAAUCGUGGCCAAUCUUAAGCUCGAGGAACUGUUCUUCAAUCGAGGCAUUGCCUUCCCACCAGGAUCUAUGGUCCUCGAGAUCGCCGAAAAUCCCCGUAUUCCCCUCAACGUCAUUGAGUGGUUGCAGAGGAUGUGCCCUUCUUGCAAAGUUACGGCCAAUUUAGGCUGUGAUUUGGAAAGGCGCAUUUAUAGCCAGAGUGAACUCAUAGAUGCUUGUGCUGGAAAGAGAAUUAUACGUCCAGCGAAAGGAUUUAUGCUAGUGCUCAAAUCAUCAGAAACUUCUGAAGAUGCUAUGAAUGCCCUAUGCUCAAAAGCUAUCUUCAUGCAGAUCUGCCUCGAUAUUUAUGAAUCAAACUUCAAAACCCUUAGGUGUCCACAUUUGAAACAAAUAGUACCAUGUCGACCAGGUGAUCAGAGUGGACUGUAG